CCCCACACCCAGGGCUGUGUCUCCACCAGGACAGCCCCAUCCCGAGCUUUGCUGUGCUCCAAGGGCUCCUCCCUGCACGGAACCUGCUGCUGGAGCCUUCCCGAGUGCUGAUCCCAGCGGAUCCGGCUCUGAGUGAGAAACAUGAGAACGUGGCUCUGUGUUGGGGGGCAGAGGGUGGAGGUCGUGCUGCCCUUCCUGGGCAGGUGCCACCCGGACUCGGGGCGCUGCUGCCAGACCUGCACCCCCAUGAGCUGGGACGGCUUCUACUCCGAGCGCUUCCCUUCCCUCGGCUUCCGCGACAUCAGCCGGGUGACGGAGAAGGACACGCGGUUCCGGGGCUGGCUGGCGCGCAGGGUCUGCGGGCUCCUGGCUGUCUGCUCCUGGCGGAUUCCUGCUGACACCCCUGGGGACCUCCCGGCACGGCUCUGCCACAGCAGGAGGGUGCAGGAUGCUGCUGCCGCCCGUGGCCCGGCACUGGGGGGUGGAUGGAAGGAGAAGAUCCUGGAGCUCCUGGGUGACAUCCAGGCCCCGCUCUCCCUGCUCAUGCUGAGGAUCUGCCACUGGGCGCUGCUGAAGCUCCUGAGCCGCCUGUUCCUCAGCGUGCAGCUGCACCGGGGGCAGCUGGAGACGGUGCUGAGGGCAGCCAGCACGCCCCGAGUGCCCCUGGUUUUCCUCUCCGCACACAAAUCCCAGCUGGAUGGGCCGCUCCUCUCCUUCGUCCUCUUCUCCCAGGGGUUAGGGGUGCCCCGGGUGACGGUGGGCGCCCAGGGCUGCAGCCCUCGCCUCCGAUCCCUGCUCCGGCGCCUCGGAGGGGUUUUCCUGCCUGCAGGAAUGGAGCAGACACAGAGCGAGCCGGAGGAUGCGCUCCCAGGGGCCGUGCUGGCUGCGUACGUGGAGGAGGUGCUGAGGAGCCGGCAGCCUCUCCUCAUCUUCCUGGAGGAGCCCGCGGUGCCGCUGCACCUCUCGGCCUCGGCCCGGCGCUGGCUGGCUCCGGUGCAGGGCGCCGUGCGCGCCGGUGCUGUGCCCGACGUCCUCCUCGUCCCGGUGGGCAUAGGCUACGACGUGGUCCCCGGUGGAUCCCAGCCGGAGGCAGCGCGCGGCGCUCAGCCCCUCAGCAUCGGCGCUUGCCUCUGGGCAGCGUUACGGGCCCUGCGCCGGAACCUCGGCUGUGUCCGGGUGGAUUUUGCCCAGCCCUUCUCCUUACAGGAGUUCCUGGCCAAAAGCCCUGGCAGGUGCGCAGGGAAGCCGGAGGAGCUGCUGCUGCUGCCCAGCAUCCUCGGCACGUGGCCCGGCCACCUGGAUGCCGGCAAUACCGGGCUCGGGGCUCCUGGCUCCACCAAGGCCACCAGCUUGGAGGCACCAGAGGAAGAGUUGGUGACCAACCUGGGCCUGCACUCACUGAGCGGUGAGGGGUGGCAGGGUCCGUCCUCAGCUGGUCCGUGCAGGGUCACCCCUUGGCUCUGCUGUUCACUCCCAAGCAUCCCUCUCCCUCCUCCCUCCUUCCCAGACAGCGUGUCCUGCUCCGCCGUCAUGUCCGUGGGGAUCACGUCCGCGCUGCUGCUGCACAAGUACCGGGAGGGCGUCUUCCUCUCCCGGCUCAUGCAGGACUUUGCCUGGCUGCUGGAGGAGAUCCUGCUGCGCCAGCGGGACGUGGGCUUCUCGGGGCAGCUCCGUGCCCUGGUGCAGCACAGCCUCAUCCUGCUCAGGGCCCGGCUCCACCUCUACCACCUCUCCCCCCUCGGUGACGUCCUGGUGGUCCCCGAGGCCUCGGCACGGACCUGGAUGGAGCUGGGCCACCACAGCGCUGCCAUCCUGCCUGUCUUCGCCAGCGAGGCGGUGGGAGCCUGUGCCAUCCGAGCCUUGCUGGCGGAGGUGAUGCCCUUCCUGGAGCCCACCACCCAAGCCUCCAGCAUCAUCUUCAGCCAGGACGAGCUGCACUGCAAGACCCUGGAGCUGCUGCAGCUGCUGCCCCCAAACGUGCUGGGGCUCCGGCCCUGCCAGCCCCUGGGCUGCUGGAGCGAGGACAUCGUGGACAAGCUCGUCCUGUGCGGGUUGCUGGAGCCAGAGGAGCCGGAGGGCGAGCACUGGGUCUGCGACACGGCCCCGCGGGCCUUCAGCCGGCGCCAGGCACAGCCCACGAUGGACUUCAGUGACAGCGACAGCGAGGACGAGGGGCCCCUGCGCCGCUGCUUCAAGCUCGGGGAGCCCCAGGGCUCUCCCCGCCUCCUCCUCUUCCUCUGCCGGCUCCUCAGCCCCGUGCUGGGCACCUACGCUGGAGCCGUGGCUUUCCUGGGGCAAACCCGCUGGCCCCAGCCCGAGGCAGCCUACGUGGAGGAGCUGCUCCAGUUCCUGGCCAAGGAGGGCUCUGAGCUCCCCAACAGAAGCCUGGCCCUGAGCUCUCUGCAGACCUUCAAGGAGAUGGGGGUGCUGGAGGAGGUGGGGGCCCCCCCCGGCCCCCUGCUCCACCUCGCCCAGCCCUUCCACUCCAGCGCCAACCGGGAGAGGCUGGAAGCCUUCAUCCAGCAGUUCAUCCAGCCCUAGAGCAUCCUGCCCCGGCUCCUGCUUUAUUGAGCCCCACAAGGGUGCUGUGGGGUGGGCAGGAGGGGGGGAAGCAGCCGGACCGGGGCACGAGGUCCCGUCUCCAUCUUCACACCACCUUGUUGCAGAUGACCCCCAGCUCCUCGAUCUCGCACCGCACCUCAUCUCCUCUCUGCGAGGGGCAGGGAGACACUGGCACCCCCCGGCCCAUCCAGGGGGGCCUUUACACCCCGUUCUGGCCCCCC